CAGAGAGGGCGGAGCACGCAGGUGACGGAAGCAGGGGUGGUGGAGCGUUUGGCUGUCAGGCUACCGCACUGACUGGUUUGGGCGUCGGGACCGUGAAGGUAGAGCUCCCCGUCCCGGGCGGCUACUUUCCUCUCUCUAGCUGCCCACAGUCAUAGUGUUUCGCCCAGGACCCAAGGACCCCUCAGCCGGGCUUGCUUAGAGAAGACGCCGCCCCCCAGCACUUGGGACCCUGGCGUCUCGGACUGCUCUUCCUGUCGCUGGGGAACUGCCGGGUUGAGCAGCUGGGAGAAGCAGGCCAGAGCCUUCCAGGGCCUCGGGCCCGGGGACCCGUGGAGGAUGAGCUGGCUCUUUCCCCUGACCAAGAGCGCCUCCUCCUCCGCAGCUGGGUCCCCCGGUGGCCUCACCAGCCUCCAACAGCAGAAGCAGCGCCUCAUAGAGUCCCUCCGGAAUUCACACUCCAGUAUAGCUGAAAUACAGAAAGAUGUGGAAUACAGGUUGCCGUUCACCGUAAACAACCUGACAAUUAAUAUUAACAUAUUGCUCCCUCCACAGUUUCCUCAGGAAAAACCAGUGAUCAGUGUUUAUCCACCAAUACGACAUCACUUAAUGGAUAAACAAGGGGUAUAUGUUACCUCUCCAUUAGUAAACAAUUUUACAAUGCACUCAGAUCUUGGAAAAAUUAUUCAGAGUCUGUUGGAUGAGUUUUGGAAGAAUCCUCCAGUUUUAGCUCCUUCUUCAACAGCAUUUCCGUACCUCUACAGUAAUCCAGGUGGGAUGCCUCCUUAUGCAUCUCAGGGUUUCCCAUUUCUUCCUCCAUAUCCCCCACAAGAAGCUAACAGGACUAUCACUUCUUUGUCUGUUGCCGACACUAUUUCUUCUUCAACAACAAGUUACACACCAGCCAAACCCGCUGCUCCUUCUUUCGGUGUCCUUUCAAAUCUGCCGUUACCUGUUCCUACAACAGACACUUCAGCACCGAUAAGCCAAGAUGGUUUUGGUUACAAGAUGCCAGAUAUCCCUGAUACAUUUCCAGAACUCUCAGAACUAAGUGUGUCACAGCUUACAGAUAUGAAUGAACAAGAGGAGAUAUUACUAGAACAGUUUCUGACUUUGCCCCAACUAAAACAGAUUAUUACUGACAAGGAUGACUUAGUAAAAAGUAUUGAAGAGCUAGCAAGAAAAAAUCUCCUUUUAGAGCCCAGCUUGGAAGCCAAAAGGCAAACUGUUUUAGAUAAGUAUGAAUUGCUUACACAGCUGAAAUCUACUUUUGAAAAGAAGAUGCAAAGGCAACAUGAACUUAGUGAGAGCUGUAGUGCGAGUGCCCUACAGGCAAGAUUGAAAGUAGCUGCACAUGAAGCUGAGGAAGAAUCUGAUAAUAUUGCUGAAGAUUUCUUAGAGGGAAAAACUGAAAUAGAUGAUUUUCUCAGUAGCUUCAUGGAAAAGAGAACAAUCUGCCACUGUAGAAGAGCCAAGGAAGAGAAACUUCAACAAGCAAUAGCAAUGCACAGCCAAUUUCAUGCCCCACUAUAGAUUUUCCUGAAAACAUAAACUGCCAAGACAGAAAUGACACAAGACUAAGCACAUUUUUAUGUAUGAUUUGCAAAUUGGCAUUUCAUCACAGUGGCUGAAUUCAUAGAUAUCCUGUUAUAGAUCAUAUACAGAACUGAGACUGAUUUUGUACAGAUUAGAAUGACUGCUGUAGCCUUCGCUUUGAGAAAUUUUUCUGCACGAUUUGCACUAUGUUUAUUUAUUGUUGAUCAAUCCUAUCAUAUUUAAGUUCCACUGCUGUUCCUCUGUUCAAUUAUUAAGUACCUAUGCAUGUAAUUUUAGCUAAUUUCAAUAUUUUAUAAAAUUGCUUCGUUUAAAUUUAUAUUUUUAAUUUGACACUGCCUCAUUUAUCAAAAAUGGUUUGUUUAGAUAUUUUUCCUCUAAACCUUUUUGAAAAAUUACUAUUUUCAACUAUAGAAAGCCUUAUUUCUCCUUCUUUCCAAAUGAUGAAACUUUCAAAAAAUAUUUGUUUUUAAGUAUUUAUAGUGUCAGGAAAUACCAAACCUACUAAUGUGCCAUCUCAAGAAAGUAACUUUUAAUACACAAUAAAUCAAGAGAAUACAUCAG